AUGUCCAAGUCAGAGGUCCUGUGGAGGGCGAAACGCAAAGGGCGAGUGAAGGGGGAGAAAAGCACCUGUCGUCAGAGGAUAGGAAGUGCAGGGCAGCACGGCGCAACACAGCGCACAGCGCGUACCUACCGUCAGGCCCUGUUUCGGCGCUUCUUCAGUGGUUGUGCGACGUGGGGUUCCAAGGUUGUGUUGGACUGGCCUGGGCUGGAUACCGUUAGUAGAAUACCACCUACCUGUAAUACCUACCGCGGCCUCAACACCGGCCUGGAGCAUCGACCUCGACCAACACACCAACACACUUCGUUGCCUUCCGUUCUCUUCUGUACAACAUAUGCCGUGUCGGGCCCGGUCGCAGCAUCGUCCCCAGCCAGCGCGACCGCAAUGAGCUACCUCAACACCCAACCACGCACCAGACUGGGGCAUACUGCCACAUCGCCCUCGCCGCUGCGCCAGUACUCGACCGCCUCCAAUGGCUCUUCCACCUAUUCAGGUGGCAGCAACCAGAACCCGCCCAGCCGAUCAAGUACGCAGUCCAGCAAUGCUUCCAACGGCUUUGGAUCAGUAGGACAUCGCCGUGGCAUGAGUGAGGCCACAGCGCUCUCGCGACCACGGACCGAGGACUAUUUUGGAUCGACAUCGGAAGAAGCUGAUCCCAGCAGCGCAUAUUCAAGCAUGCGCAAAGCAUUGCGGCCUCUCCAGCAGGCCCCCCAGAGCUCGCCCAUUGCCGAGAAGCCAGCACCAGUACGCUCCUCUACGGCUGCCUUGAGUCCAGAUCACAGCGCUCAUAGCCAUGUGCGGUCGCAAAGUGUCGAAAACUUUCGAUUCUCCCCCUAUGAUGGCGCAGUCUCCCCACCCUCCAAGCCCCGCCCGCUCUCCCUCGCCAUCUCACGAGCAGACUCGGUUCGCGCCCCAACCCGCGACCAUUCAGCCCGCCCACUCUCAGCCCACCUAGACCGCCCAGAGCUUAAGAGCCUCCAAAAGUCGUCGACGGGGCAUCUGCGCACGCUGUCAAAAUUCGCCGAAGCUGGGAGCGACGAGGACUUUGUCAUCAAGUCGCCCGAACAACAAGUCGUGGGUCUAAAUGGACGACGCCGACUACAACGGUUGGACAAUGCACGAGGGAGCUCCACAACAUCAUCAUGGGCGAACCGGAAUUGGAUGGACCAGCAGCGGCAAUUCUUGCAGGCAUACGAGUACCUCUGUCACAUUGGAGAAGCCAAGGAAUGGAUGGAAGACAUCAUCGAGACAGAUCUGCCACCAGUGGUGGAACUAGAAGAAGCCCUUCGCAACGGAGUCACCCUGGCAGAGAUUGUCCAAGCGAUCAAGGGCCAACCGUUGCGCAUUUUCCGAGAUCCAAAGCUGCAAUAUCGGCAUUCCAACAAUUAUGCCCACUUCUUCAAGUUUCUAUCCGAGGUCGAGCUACCAGAUCUCUUUAGAUUCGAACUCGUUGAUCUUUAUGAGAAAAAAAAUGUGCCCAAAGUCAUCUACUGUAUCCAUGCGCUUUCAUGGCUGCUGUUCCGCAAAGGCAUAGUCGACUUCCGCAUUGGCAACUUGGUCGGAAAACUCCAAUUCGAGGACCACGAGCUAGAGGCUACCCAAAAAGGCCUGGACAAGUCUGGUGUCAGCAUGCCCAACUUUUCUGGCAUGCAGGCGAACUUCGCAGUAGAGCCGGAGCCGGAGCCGGAGCCAGUAGAAUCGGAGGAAGAUCGGAUUGACCGAGAACUCUGUGAGAAUGAGGAUAUCAUUCUAGAUUUACAGGCGCAGAUACGCGGAGCUCUGGUCAGGAUAAGACUGGGAAAUUUGAUGCAGGAUCUGUGGGAUAACGAACAUCUCAUUGUAGAUCUGCAAUCGCGUAUUCGUGGAGACUGGGCCAGACAGAUCGCCUACUACCGCUUAGACAUGCGUCGCUUUGCCAUGACUCUCCAGAGUGCAGCGAGAGGAUACCUUAUCCGCUCUCGCGUACGAGGUGAGGAGCAGUACUGGCAUGACAAGGAACCCCAGGUACUGAAGUUACAGAACCUAUUCAGGGGACGGAAAGCAAGAGCGCAAGUUCAGUACACCAAGUCAAAGAUGCAACGGCAUGAGAAUGGUAUUCGCCAAUUUCAGGCAGCAAUUCGAGGAGCAUUGGAGCGAUUGCGAGUAUGCAACCGUUAUGAGCAGACCCGUGACACAGAACCUUCUGUUGUGUAUGUUCAGGCUAUGGUCCGUGGAGCCCUUGUCCGACAACAGGUGGACCGAGAGUGGGCGGAACUACAAGCCAACGAAGCCCAAGUCGCCGAGAUGCAAGCUGCCUCACGCGCCAUGCUCCUCCGUCAGUCAUUACGAACAGAUCAAGAAAGCUUACGGCAGCAUGAGUCCUUGGUCACGUUAUUGCAAGCUGCUGCUCGUGGCGCUUUGGCUAGAAAGAAGAAUGAAGAAGUCCAGGCGAACUUGGAGCAUACCAAUGUCAAUUGGGCUGGCCUCCAAUCUCAGGUCCGCGGAAACGUUGCAAGAGCAUCCGUCAGACAGAUACAAGACGCACUUAACAUUGAGGUACCCCAAAUUACAGAUCUUCAGGCUGUUGCAAGAGGAGGACUCGUACGCUCAGACGUCACCACUAUCCUCACACAGCUCUACGAGCAAGAAGACGCUACCACAUCCCUCCAAUCCUACAUCCGUGGAUAUCUAUCGCGCCAGCGACACUUCUCUGAUCUCAAGGCACUUAAGGCACAGGAGCCUACCAUUCUGGAUCUACAAUCCGCGUGUCGAGGCUUUGUACAGCGUCAAAAGACUUAUGAAGUACUCUGUGAGCUCAACGCACAGGAACCAGAAAUUAUUCAGCUCCAGAGUAUAGCACGUGGUGUUUUGCAAAGAAUGCAGAUCGGUAUCCAGCUUGGCCAAGUCGAAGAACAUGAAGAAGCUCUCGUUGAACUACAAGCCUUGGCUCGUGGCAUGAUGAUUCGACAACAAUACGCGGAGAAGCAGCAGUUCUACAAGGAGAAUAUGGAGAAGGUCAUCAAGAUCCAAAGUUUCAUCCGAGGACGUCAACAAGGUGAAGCGUACAAGAGCUUGACCAGCGGCACCAACCCCCCAGUAUCGACCGUGAAGAAUUUUGUCCAUUUGCUGAAUGAUAAUGACAUCGACUUUGACGAGGAGAUUGAAUUCGAACGUCUACGAAAGACUGUCGUGCAACACGUGCGCCAAAACGAACUCGCCGAACAGUAUGUCGACCAGCUUGAUAUCAAGAUUGCCCUGCUUGUGAAGAACAAGAUCACUCUUGACGAAGUCGUCAAGCACCAGAAGCACUUCGGUGGAAACGUCGGUACCCUCCUCAGCAGCAAAGACAUCUCAUCAAAGGACCCCUUCGAUUUGAAAGCGCUCAACAAAAACUCCCGUCGAAAACUGGAACAGUACCAAGAGCUCUUCUUCAUCCUUCAGACGCAGCCUCAGUACAUGGCAAGACUGUUCCGGCGCAUUCGCGAACAAAACCUGGCUGAGAAGGAUACUAAGCGCAUCGAACAGCUAACAAUGAGUCUCUUUGGACUGGCCCAGAAGCGCAGGGAAGAGUACUGGUUGCUCAAGUUACUAUCGCGUUCUUUGAAGGAGGAGAUUGAGGGUUGCGCGACGUUGCAAGAGUACCUUCGAGGCAACUUUUUUUGGACAAAGCUAUUUGCUAAUUACGUUCGAUCGCCACGGGAUCGCAAGUUCCUAAAGGAUGUUUUGGGCCCGGUCAUUCGCGAAAACAUCAUCGAGAACGAGCACCUAGACCUGGAAAGCGAUCCUAUGCAGAUUUAUCGCUCAGCCAUCAACAAUGAGGAGCUCCGUACUGGCCAGCGAAGCCACCGUGAUCCUAACGUGUCACGGGAUGUCGCGCUCAAGGAUCCUGAGACCCGUGGUACCUUCAUCCAUAACCUUCAAGACCUUCGCGAUGUUGCAGACCAGUAUUUUACGGUAUUCGAGGAAGUGCUGCAUCGCAUGCCAUACGGCGUCCGAUAUCUCGCACAACAGGUCUUCGAGGAGCUGAGGCGUCAAUUCCCAUAUGAGCCCCAAGAACAGAUGCUGCAAAUAGCAGGCCAUUGGGUAUGGAAGGCGUAUAUUCAGCCCGCUCUACUGCAACCACAACAUUGGGGCGUAGUCGAUCGUGGUCUCUCACCAGUCAUGAACAGAAAUCUUGGUGCUGUCGCCAAAGUGCUUGGUCAGAUAGCAGUCGGAAAGCUGUUUGGUGGUGAAGAUCUCUACCUGCAGCCACUCAACAGCUACGUCACAGAAGCUAUUGAUCGUCUACAGGAUAUUUGGUCAAACAUGAUCAAUGUCCGCCCUGCAGAAGUGCAAUUUGAGAUUGACGAGUUCAAUGACCUGUUCGCGCGCACCAAACCCACCCUGUACAUCAAACUUGCGGACGUCUUUGCCAUUCACAACCUUGUCAUCGACGACCUCCCCAGUCUCUGUCCUGCUCAAGACGACCCUCUUCGCGAAGUUGUUCGAGAACUCGGCAGUGCUAAGAACAAUGAGAACGAGCUGCUACACGUCAGUGCAACUGAAAUCACCUUGACUCUCAACCCCAAGUACCACGAGCAAGAAGACCCCGAUGCCGAAAUCAAAUCCCUCUUCAUGGAAACGAAACGCUAUAUCCUUUAUAUCAUCCGCGUCCAAACCGGGGCCAACCUCACGGAAAUCAUGUGCAAGCCAAUCACCCCCGAGGACGAAGACCGGUGGGACGCCCUCGUUCGCGAAGAACUGGCGGCUCAGCAAAAGAACCGUUCACGCAAGUACGGCGGGACAGUGCGCUCCUCAGCCGCAUCAACAUACACCACGGAGAUGGGCUCCAAUUCCGUCCUCGAAUUGUCCUAUCCCACACUCAAACAAUACUGUCUGGAAAACGUAGUCCACCUCCAACGCGCAGGCCGCAUCUCGCACCACAACAACUACCAAGACCUGCUGAAUGCGAUAGCCGUGGACAUACGCACCAAACACCGCCGGCGGAUCCAACGCGCCAAAGAGCUCGAAGGCGUGCGCAACACGCUCGCCGCCCUCGACGAGAAAGCCCACUUCCUCGAAUCCCAACUCAAGUCGUACAACGACUACAUUGAACAAGCCAUGGUGACGCUACAAUCCAAAAAGGGCAAGAAGAAGUUCCUCCUCCCUUUUACCCGCCAAUACAACCACCAGCGCGAACUGCAGCGCAGCGGCCGCGAAUACCGCUUCGGCAGCUUCAAAUACAGCGCCCGCAACCUCGCCCAAAAGGGCAUCCUCAUCUCCUGGGCCGGCUAUCCGGAGUCGCAGUGGGAGCGCCUCGACAUCACCAUUAGCUCGAAUUCGACGGGCACGUUUGAGAUUCAGGGCUCCCAGGGCAGUAUGAUGAUUCCGGGGGCGUUUGCAGAGGUGCCGCUGGAUGGGCUGUUGCAGGCCCAGUUUGAUAAUCAUCAGUUUAUGAAUCUUUUUGGCGAGGGCAGGGAUGGGAGUGGGGGUGGGGCGGUUAGGGUUAAUGUUAAUCUGUUUUUGCAUUUGAUAUUUAAGAAGUUUUAUAGGGAUGAGUGA